AUGAUUUCAGAUAAUCCCACUUCGUUUGUUGAUGUUAACACGUUUACAAAUCAUAUUAUGCGCAGGGAAUUGAUGCUCACGCUUGAAAAUAUGUCUCCGAAACUAGCCGCUCCCGCUCCGGCACCACCAUCGCUUUCUUUUGGUGCCGCUGGAAGCCCAUUCGACUCUAGCGCUUUGAACGCUCUUCUACCAGGCCUGGCAACCCGGUCAGCUUUCUCGGUGGUUUGUGGUGCGGGUGGAAACGUUUUGCCGGGAGUUACGACAGCCUCGAAUUUCUUCGACGUCGGCAGCCCGCCAGCCACCAUUUCAACGGCCGCCUCCCCGUUUGCUCCAUUAUUGUUCCCAAAUAUCGGAUCACCGCAAUCGAUUCCACCGACACCAGUCCUUCAAUCGACCGCGCUGCCGGUGGUUACCAGCUCGGCGCUGGUAAACGCUGUCCAAGCGUUGACAGCCGGUUCCCCACAAGCUCCAGUUUUGUUCAAUCAGCUCAUCCAAUUCCCGCAAACGGAUAAUCGCCUUGACUUGGUUGGAUGGAGAGUUCGUGAGCCGGUCGACUGGACGAUGGACGAUGUGGUCGGGUGGAUGCUCGAAACGAGUAAGCGUUUGGGCAUCCCGUGUGAGGAUAUCAAUAUGAGCAAGUUCGCCACUCUUUCUGGAGCUGAAUUGUUAAAAAUGAAUGAGAACGAUUUCACCGAUUGCGAUCCAAGCUACGGAAAGCUAUUCUACCGGGAAAUGGCCAGAUUUUUAAAUGUUACCAUCCCUGAGGACAACAUUUUGGAUGAUGUUCUGAGGAAAUACAAAGAUUUGGAGGAGUCAAAGCCGACAAUUGACACCAAUGCGAUCUUCCAACAGCAGAUUCAACGGCAACAAGAAAUGAACAACCUAUUCGCUGCUCAACAACAACUCACACAGACUUUGGCUAACAAUAUCCGAGCGCAAUCGAUUGCACAAUUCACAAACAAUCUUUGCGCUGCUUUAAAUCCAACUGGAUUGAAUUUAAACAAUUUGGCGGCUUCUCCAUUGUUGGCAAACACUUUGCAGAGAAGGAACUCAAUCUCCAGUGAUUACUUGCCGUGUUUCCAACAAGGACCCUCAACAAGCGGAGGAUAUGAUUCGGAGUCUGAGAUCAAAGGUGUCUUCAAGAAUCGACCACUUGAUGGGAAAAUCCGAAAACGCUCUCAGCACGCUAAGGGCAAUAAGUUGUGGGAGUUCAUCCGUGAUGCUCUGAAAGAUCCAUCAACUUGUCCAUCAGUAGUGCGAUGGGAAGACCCAAACGAGGGAGUUUUCCGAAUCGUUGAAUCGGAGAAGUUGGCAAGACUUUGGGGCGAGCGCAAAAACAACACAAAGAUGACUUACGAGAAGCUCUCAAGAGCAAUGAGGACCUACUACGACAAGCAGAUUCUCGUGCCAGUGCCUAAAACUGGCUUGUACCCGAAGAAAUUGGUCUACAAUUUGAUAUGGAUCUCGAUCGUUCUCGCUCCAAACCUGGACCCCAUGAUACUACUACAACACAAAGAUUUUGCUGCCGGUGAGUGGCCGCAGACUGGUGUACAAAUUUGGGCCAAACGCACGCGGAUGGAACAAUGGUGGAGUGUCCGCUUCGUCCUCAUGGUCAGGCCCAUCGGCUGGAACUGGCUCGGACGAAGACGAAGAACAAGA